AUUAAAAUGUUUAUAACAUGAAAGAGUACGUAUAUUGAUUUAGAAUCGAAAAACAUGCCUCUGUGUAGUAUUGAAUUCAUUGAACGUUUCAGUUUUUGUCGGAAGUGUGACGUUUUCUUUGUCGGAAGCAUAUGUCCUGUGAGUUGCAUUACCAACUUCCUUUUCUACUGUGGCCGCCAUUGAGUAAGGAGCGUGGUUCGUCGGCGAGCCGAGACUAAAACAUAAAAAUGGCUUGUGCCCGGCCUUUAAUCUCGAUCUACUCCGAGAAAGGAGAAAGCUCAGGCAAAAAUGUUGUCAUGCCUGCGGUGUUCAAGGCUCCCAUCCGCCCCGACAUUGUCAACUUCGUGCACACCAACAUGCGCAAGAACAGUCGUCAGCCUUAUGCCGUCAGCGGACUGGCAGGUCACCAGACCAGUGCUGAGUCCUGGGGUACAGGCAGAGCUGUGGCCCGUAUCCCCCGUGUGAGGGGAGGUGGAACCCACCGCUCCGGCCAGGGAGCCUUCGGCAAUAUGUGUCGUGGAGGUCGCAUGUUCGCGCCCACCAAGACGUGGCGCCGCUGGCACCGCAGGAUCAACACCACCCAGAAGCGUUACGCCAUCUGCUCCGCUCUGGCCGCCUCCGCCCUGCCCGCUCUCGUCAUGUCCAAAGGACACCGCAUCGAGGAGAUCCCAGAGGUUCCCCUGGUGGUUGACGACAAAGUGGAGGGUUACAAGAAGACUAAAGAGGCCGUGCUGCUGCUGAAGAAACUCAAAGCCUGGAACGACAUCAAGAAGGUGUACGCGUCACAGCGCAUGCGAGCUGGCAAAGGUAAGAUGAGGAAUCGCAGGCGUAUCCAACGCAAAGGACCGUGCAUCAUCUACAACCAGGACCAAGGUGUCACCAAGGCCUUCAGAAACAUCCCUGGCAUCACCCUGCAGAACGUGAACAAGCUGAACCUGCUGAGGCUCGCCCCCGGAGGUCACGUUGGUCGGUUCUGUAUCUGGACCGAGUCCGCCUUCCGCAAGCUGGAUCAGCUCUACGGGACCUGGCGCAAGUCUGCCUCUCUCAAGGUGGACUACAAUCUGCCCAUGCACAAGAUGACCAACACAGAUCUGAGCAGGAUCCUGAAGAGUGAGGAGAUCCAGAAAGCACUCCGUGCACCAAACAAGAAGAUCAGGCGCAGAGUCCUGAAGAAGAACCCCCUGAAGAACCUGAGAAUAAUGAUGAAGCUGAACCCCUACGCCAAGACAGCCAGACGUCAAGCCAUCCUGCUGCAUGACCCGGCUAUCAAGGCCAAGAUGCUGAAGCCCAAGAAGAAGCCGGCCAAGAAGCCAGCCCCCGCCAAGGCAGCCCCCACCAAGGCAGCCCCCAAAAAGGCAUAAAUCAGCUCUUCUAACAGACGGUGGCGUUCAGAUGGUUUCAAAUAAAAUCUAAACAAAAGU